CUUUGGCUCGAAAAGUGCACGGAGAAAGCUUCACUCACAACCACAAGCACACGACACGAAGCUCGAAGACACAAGACAAUGAAUCGCAAGUGUUUCCUUUCCUACUGUUGGCCUCACAAAAGGCUCUUCAUGAAGUUGGAGCAAGCCCUCACCCACGCAGGUUACGAAGUGUGGCACGACAGCCAAUUGGACGGAAAGUCGAUCCUUGAGACGCAGGGCGAGGGCAUUCAGGAGUCUGCAUUCGUGAUCAUCGACUACUCACCAGAGUAUAGUGAGUCAGCCUCUUGCCGCGCGGAGCUGCACUACGCCCACAAGCUGCGCAAGCCUAUUUUCUUCAUCAAGACGACGCGCAAAGAACCACCGGCCGGUUCAAGCUUGGACUUUGCCUGUGCAGGGGCCCCACUUGUCGACUACUCAAGGGUCACCUCCACUACACACGAACGCCGUCGCAACGCGCAGCUAUUGAAGCUAAUUGAAGCACGCUUGAAUGGGGGACCGAACGAAGACGCACUCGCGUAUGGUUAAAUUGAGCGCCGCAAAGCGUGCAAUGCCCUUGCGCACCAUUGGAUUACCUUGUUGUCUUCGAACGAGCUAACUCUCAUGAAUGGCUUCGCCACAAGGGGUUGCUCAUGGGCAACGCAGUGAUGGUUGUUUCGAAGUACCACGGCUUCACUCCAACCUGGCUCUACUGCCGUUCCUUCUCGCAUGCAUAUUUGCACAGUCGCAUAGAUACAAUCUCUUUCUCCCCUUGCACUGCAGCGUUCUGUGUUCUGCUGAUUGUACUUCAUCUCGUGUGUCUGCGUGUGAGCACAGGUCCAAUGACGAUGGGAGCGAAACCGCCUUCAACGAGGCGCUAGAACAGAAGAUGCGACAGCAUACGAGCAUGCACGCCGAUCGAGAAGCAACUGCAGACAACGAGCAGCAACCACACGAGCGCCUGCUCGGUGCCUGCAAGAAUGGCGACGUCGCAGCUGUCACUUCCCUCAUCAAGCAAGACCAUGCACAUGUCAACCACCAGGAUGAACAAGGCGACACGCCGCUGCACGUUGCCUGCAGGCACAACCAGCCUGCCAUUGUGAAGCUGCUGCUCGCAGAAGGCGCAGACGUUUCCAUCACGAACACCAGGGGCGGAACGCCGUUCAUGGUCGCACAAAAACGCAAUUUCCACGACAUCACCGCCAUCUUAGGGCUCGGGCAAGAGCAGCAUCCGACCGCUGCUUCUGACGCAACAGACGCUGAGCAUGUGCACAGAGAGGCGGUGCAGGCGCGCAUGAUGGACAUUGCGGAGCGUUCCGACACGCACAUGGCGGGGCGAGCCAAGAUGGGCGUCUCUGGCCAGGGCCGCGCGGGCAAGACGACGCUUAUGGACUCGCUUCAGGGCAAGCCGUUCAACAAGCAGCAGCACUCCACACUCGGCGCCACCACCAACGACAUGAGGGUCACCGUCCACACCAUGGAAGUGUGCGACUGGAAGGAGAGCGACCAGAGCACGUCCGAGUUCAUCCGCAGUCUCGUUGGCACGGCGAUGGCACGCGAGGCCGGCGUGGACGAGGAGCUGAAGCGCGCGUCAGCAAAGGCACAGGCGCAGCACGCCACCCGUGUUACCGAGCAACAGCACGAGGAGGCCAAGAAGCAGGCCAAGAAGCAGGCCAGGACGGAUGACAAGAAGCAGUGCAAGAAGGGCCAUGGCACAUCCACAACUUCCGCUCCAUCAUCCGACAAGGCGUCCACCGCAGCCGUGCCUGCACCUGCUGCAGGUCGUGAUGCCUCCACAGCAACGCCUGCAGCAAAGGAGCAGCACCCAGCUUCCAGCCACGCCGACGUUGGUGACGACGAUGCUGACGUCGUUGCCGUGACCACACCAUCCGUUUCGAAGGAGGAGGUGGAGAAGGCAAUCAAGGACAUGGACUUUGAUGCGACAAUUGGCGAAGGCAAGAUGCAGGUCUCCUUCAAGAUCUUUGACCUGGGCGGCCAGUCCACCUUCUACGUCUUCCACCCUUUCUUCCUCACCAGGUACGCCGUGUACCUGCUGGUGUUCUCGAUGGAGGACCUGUUACACCAAGACGAGAGCAAGCGGACAGAGGCGUGGGAGUUUAUGGAGCACUGGCUCUCCUCCCUUCACCUCCACGCAAAGGGCGCACCCGUCCUCAUCGUGGGCACCUUCGCUGACAGGAUCAACGAGCGGAAGGAGCAUGAGCAGAUCUCGCGUGACAUUUACAGUCGCCUGCGCCACAACCCCGCUUUCCCUUGCGUCAUCCACAACGACAAGCACGGGCUGUGGUUCUGGCCCGUUGACAACACCAAGUCCAUCGAUGAUCCCAUGAUCCAGGACCUGCGCCAGACCAUCUCCUCCACAGCCUUAGCGCAGGAAUACGUGAGCCAGGAGGUGGCUGUGCCCUACCUCCACCUCUACGACAAGCUCAACGCCAUCGCCCGCGACGAGGAGCGGCCGCUGCUCACGUUUGACGAGGUGGUCCAGAUUGCGCGCACAUGUGGGCUGCGUACACGUGAGGAGACACGGACCUGCCUCCAGUUCCUGCACCUGUAUUCCAUGGUCCUGUACUACGACAGCGUGCCAGGCAUGGAGGACUAUGUGAUCCUUAGCCCGCAGUGGGCGGUGGACAUGAUGACGCGCGUCAUCCGCAACUUUGACCUGCAUCACGAUGUGCGGGAUGGCGAGGCGAGGGCCGUUGGCGCGCAGCUGUGGGACGACCUUGUUGACCGCGGCAUCCUGCACCGCCGUCUGCUUGAUGUACUGUGGGGGGACGUGGACAGCAACUUGGUGAUGCCGUUCCUGCGCCUCAUGAUGCAGUACGGGCUGUGCAUCCAGUACUCUCCACCCAAGCUGGUGGAUAGCCGCACGGCACUUGCUCGCGCCAACUCUGGCCACGGUGCCCACGCUACAGCCAAGGGCAGCAAGGGCAACAGUCCAGAGCAGCAGCAUUACCUGGUCCCAGCCAUCCUGCCAAUGACGAUUCGCCACAACAACAGCGAGAUGGCAUCCGUGUCACUUAGCACGACGGCAGCACAGCAGGUCAACCCGUAUCUUGGGCACGAGGAGAAGACAGCCUACGUCACCUUCAGCCUGAAGCAAUUCAAGCGAAGUGCGAGCGUGUGUGCUCGAGACGCACGGCACGCGUCGUUCCUGCCCGAGGGGUUGUUCACCGUUGUGCUGGCACACGUGAUGGUGCACGCACAGCACGGCGCAUCCCAGCAGCCCAAGCUGAGCCGCACCCACGCCGUCUGCUUCAUGGAGUCGACCAAGCUUGAGCUGCAGCUUGUGCCGGCUGUUGGCGGCAUCAAGAUGAAGAUCACAAGUGCGCAGCCACGCGCCAUGCUGCACAUGCUGCACACCAUGAUCAGCGAGGCCAUAAGAGAGCGCUACCCUGAGCUGAAGAGCAGCCUGCUGCUGCCAUUUGACGACAAGACGCUGCUGUUCUUCGAGGACGUGCUGCACCACCACAAGCGCAAGCAGGACAUGUGGGUAGACGAACAGCUGCUGUCACCCGAUGACCUGAUCGCCAAGUAUGGCCCUCUCUUGCCCGUUCUCGGCCUGCAGGACAAGUAUGACGUCUUCAUCAGCUACCGGCAACGCGCCAGCAGUGGGCUGGUGAUGGCGCUGCAUCCGCGCUUGGAGCAGCGCAACCUGGUUGCGUUUCUGGACGCCAACAACCUGGAGACGGGCCUCAACUUCAAGCUGUCGUUCAUGACGGCGAUUGGGCUGAGUCUGGUGGCCUGCCCCAUCGUCUCUGCUGCCACCAUCAUGCAGAUGAGGCAGCUGCAGCACAGCGACUACUGCGACAACGUGCUGCUGGAGUGGAUGACGAUGCUGGCGUUGCACGAGCACCAGCGCAAGCACGGAGGGGGAGGUGAGGGAGAGGCCGCAGACCUGAUCCGGCUUCGCCGUGUCGUGCCCGUGGUUGUUGGCAGCGUGUGGCACAACACAAGCGACAGCGGCAGCACGAGCCGCGCCGAGAUGGGCGAGUACGACUCGUUUGACCGCAUGAAGCAGCUGACGAUGAAGUUACCAGAUGUUGUGAGCAAGGCGACAGCAUCAGCCCUCGACCAGUACUUUACACAAGUACUGCAUCUGCCGCCGCCACAAAACCACAAACCUGUACGUGAGGCGGUGCUGUCGCUGUUUGACAUCGACGCCGUCAUUGUAUUGGACGCCACUGUUGACCGCACUCUGCAGCUGCGCGACAUUGCAGAGAAGGUGCGCCAGGUCGUCGCUUCUGCCAGGAGUGCAGAACAAGCAGCACUGGAGCCAGCAACUGCACGUCGAUCCACUCAGUCCUCCCAGCCGAUGCAGCCGUCUGAACCGGCCACACCACAGUCCCCACAAGUGCCCCAGUCACCCUCACUUCAGGAAGCUGGCAUCGUGUUUGACGCGGAGUUUGAGAAGUGGCUGUCGGUCAACAAGCUGCGCAUGCAUGUGGAAGGUGCCCUUGCGCACGUCGGCGCUACAACCUUUGACGUGCUGACUGUGCUGGUUGAUGCUGGAGAUGUGAGCGUGGAACGGUUGCAGGAGAUGGGUGUUCGUCUCGGGCACGCGCGACUGUUCAUGCAGCGCUUUGACGAAUAUCGUGCUGCGGCCGACGCUCAGAGGAAGCAGGGCGGUGGCUGCUGUGCCCUCAUGUGAUCGUACUGUCACUUUGUUUGCCUUAUGUUGUUGCGACUUUCAAUUGUUUGCUCCAGCCAUUGCCACUUCCGUUGGCUUUCGUCACUCCUGCUCCCGAUUCCUUUCUGUUUCUUUGCGUGUGUGGUUUUGUUCCGUUGUCACUUCCGCAGCACUUCCUGAUGUCGUCGGCGCUCCAACGCCCAGAUGGCACUGUUCGCUCGCUCAGGUGGUACGCGAUCCCCUCGUGUGCUGGAUACCCUCUCCUCUCGCUGUUCUCGCCGCCACAUAUGAGAGUGUCACAUUCUCUUUGCUUCUUUCCAAGUGCAUGUGAAUUGCAUUCCAACGUCUAGCCGUGUUAUAUUGCUUUCGUCUGCCAUUCGCUUGUGCUUCUGUUACCUUUUCCGGCCUGUGUGUGUGUGUGUGUGUGUGUGUCACAAGCUUCUGUCCCCCCGCCCCCAAUUGUGUGUGCCAAGCAACUCCUCUCUUUGAGCCACUUUGAGCUCGUUGGUGCGCUUCCACCUUUCUGUUAUCCUGCCUGGCGAGUGUUGCUUCGUUGCUUUCGUUUCCACCGUUACCAUCGUGACACCACGACGUAGUACAUCCACGAGCAGAA